AUGGCUGACGGAGUCUUCCCAGGUGCUAUCGGUAUCGAUUUAGGUACUACCUACUCAUGUGUCGCUACUUACGACAACGCCGUUGAAAUCAUUGCCAACGAACAAGGUAACCGUGUUACUCCAUCGUUCGUUGCCUUCACCUCUGAGGAGAGAUUGAUCGGUGAUGCUGCCAAGAACCAGGCCGCUUUGAACCCAAAGAACACUGUCUUUGAUGCCAAGCGUCUGAUUGGUCGUGCUUUUGACGACGAAUCCGUCCAGAAGGACAUCAAGACCUGGCCAUUCAAGGUCAUCAACUCGAACGGUAACCCACUGAUUGAGGUUGACUACUUGGACGAGACCAAGACCUUCUCCCCUCAAGAGAUUUCCUCCAUGGUGUUGACCAAGAUGAAGGAGAUUGCUGAGGCUAAGAUUGGCCAAAAGGUUGAGAAGGCUGUUAUCACUGUUCCAGCCUACUUCAACGAUGCUCAGCGUCAAGCUACCAAGGACGCCGGUGCCAUUGCCGGUUUGAACGUCUUGCGUAUCAUCAACGAGCCAACUGCCGCCGCUAUUGCUUACGGUUUGGGUGCUGGUAAGUCCGACAAGGAGAGACACAUCUUGAUCUUUGACUUGGGUGGAGGAACCUUCGAUGUUUCCCUCUUGCAUUUGGCUGGUGGUGUCUUCACCGUCAAGGCCACUGCUGGUGACACUCACUUGGGUGGUCAAGAUUUCGACACCAACCUGUUGGAGCACUUCAAGGCCGAGUUCAAGAAGAAGACCGGUUUGGACAUCUCUGAGGAUGCCCGUGCUUUGAGAAGAUUGAGAACUGCUUGUGAACGUGCCAAGCGUACCCUUUCUUCUGUUACCCAGACCACCGUUGAGGUUGACUCUCUGUUCGAGGGUGAGGACUUCUCCGCUAACAUCACCAGAGCUAGAUUCGAGGACAUCAACGCUCCGCUCUUCAAGUCCACUUUGGACCCAGUUGAGCAGGUGUUGAAGGACUCCAAGAUCGGAAAGACCUCCAUUGAUGAGGUUGUCUUGGUUGGUGGUUCUACCAGAAUCCCAAGAGUCCAGAAGCUUUUGUCUGACUUCUUUGAUGGUAAGCAAUUGGAGAAAUCCAUCAACCCAGAUGAGGCCGUUGCCUACGGUGCCGCUGUCCAGGGUGCUAUCUUGACCGGUCAAUCCACUUCUGAGGACACCAAGGACUUGUUGUUGUUGGAUGUUAUUCCAUUGUCUCUCGGUGUUGCCAUGCAAGGUAAUGUUUUCGCCCCAGUUGUGCCAAGAAACACCACUGUGCCAACCAUCAAGCGUAGAACUUUCACCACUGUCGAGGACCACCAGACCACCGUUCAAUUCCCAGUCUACCAGGGUGAGCGUGUCAACUGUGUUGAGAACACUCUUUUGGGUGAGUUUGACCUCAAGAACAUCCCACCAAUGCAAGCCGGUGAGCCAGUCUUGGAGGCCAUCUUCGAGGUUGACGCCAACGGAAUCUUGAAGGUUACCGCCGUCGAGAAGUCCACCGGACGUUCCGCCAACAUUACCAUCUCUAACUCUAUCGGUCGUCUUUCGAGCUCCGAGAUCGAGCAGAUGAUCAACGAUGCCGACAAGUUCAAGAAGACCGACGAGGAAUUCUCCAAGAAGCACGAGGCUAAGCAGAGAUUGGAAUCUUACGUCUCCUCCGUUGAGGCUUCCGUCACUGACCCAGUUUUGUCUGCCAAGAUAAAGCGUGGAUCUAAGGACAGAAUUGAGAACGCUCUGUCUGAGGCUUUGGCCGCUCUUGAGAUUGAAGAUGCUUCCGCUGACGACUUGAGAAAGGCUGAGUUGAGUCUUAAGCGUGUUGUCACCAAGGCCAUGGCCACCCGUUAA